GCUGAGGCUCCGGAAGGCGGGCGGUGGCGCCGGGAUUUCUCUCGAGAUCCGGGCUGAGGCUGAUUUUGCCUGCCGGGUCGCACGCUCAGCGGCGCGAUGGCCGCGGUCAAGGCGGUAAACUCCAAGGCUGAGGUGGCGCGGGCCCUGGCGGCCUUGGCUGUCAAUAUAUGCGCCGCCCGAGGGCUGCAGGAUGUGCUGCGUACCAACUUGGGGCCCAAGGGCACCAUGAAAAUGCUUGUUUCUGGUGCAGGUGACAUCAAACUUACCAAAGAUGGCAGUGUACUACUCCAUGAGAUGCAAAUUCAACACCCAACAGCUUCCCUGAUAGCAAAAGUAGCAACAGCCCAGGAUGACAUUACAGGAGAUGGUACUACUUCCAAUGUUCUAAUUAUUGGAGAGUUACUAAAACAGGCUGAUCUUUACAUUUCUGAGGGCCUGCAUCCUAGAAUAAUAGCUGAAGGAUUUGAAGCUGCAAAGAUAAAAGCACUUGAAGUUUUGGAAGAAGUUAAAAUUAACAAAGAGAUGAAAAGAGAAAUCCUCUUAGAUGUGGCUAGAACAUCUCUACAAACUAAAGUUCAUGCUGAAUUGGCUGAUGUGUUAAUAGAGGCUGUUGUGGAUUCUGUUUUGGCUGUUAGAAGACCAGGUUAUCCUAUUGAUCUCUUCAUGGUAGAAAUCAUGGAGAUGAAGCAUAAAUCAGAAACAGAUACAAAAUUGAUCAGAGGAUUAGUUUUGGAUCAUGGUGCCCGUCAUCCAGAUAUGAAGAAGCGAGUGGAAGAUGCAUUUAUCCUUACUUGCAAUGUGUCACUAGAAUAUGAAAAAACAGAGGUGAGCUCUGGUUUCUUUUAUAAGACUGCUGAAGAGAAAGAGAAAUUGGUAAAAGCUGAAAGAAAAUUUAUUGAAGAUAGAGUACAAAAAAUAAUAGACCUGAAAGACAGAGUCUGUGCUCAGUCCAAUAAAGGAUUUGUUGUCAUUAAUCAAAAGGGAAUUGACCCACUUUCCUUAGAUGCUCUUGCAAAACAUGGCAUAGUAGCUCUUCGCAGAGCAAAAAGAAGAAAUAUGGAAAGACUCUCUCUUGCUUGUGGUGGAAUGGCUGUGAAUUCUCUUGAAGACCUUAAUGUAGAUUGCUUGGGACAUGCUGGUCUUGUACAUGAGUGUACAUUAGGUGAAGAAAAGUUCACUUUUAUCGAGGCCUGUGUUAACCCUCGUUCUGUCACCUUGUUGGUUAAAGGACCGAAUAAGCAUACUCUCACACAGAUCAAGGACGCUAUCAGGGAUGGACUUCGUGCCAUCAAAAAUGCCAUUGAAGAUGGCUGUGUGGUUCCAGGAGCAGGUGCAGUUGAAGUGGCAAUAGCGGAAGCUCUUGUUAAUUACAAGCACAGUAUAAAAGGAAGAGCUCGUCUUGGAGUCCAAGCUUUUGCUGAUGCCCUGCUCAUUAUUCCUAAGGUUCUGGCUCAGAAUUCUGGUUUUGACCUGCAGGAAACGCUAGUAAAAGUUCAGGCUGAACAUUCAGAAUCAAAACAACCUGUUGGCAUAGAUUUGGAUACAGGUGAGCCCAUGGUAGCAGCAGAUGCAGGAGUUUGGGAUAAUUAUUGUGUGAAAAAACAACUUCUUCACUCUUGCACGGUGAUUGCCACCAACAUUCUCCUGGUUGAUGAAAUUAUGCGAGCUGGUAUGUCUUCUCUUAAAGGAUGAUUGAGUUCAAAAUCAACUCUUACAGAAGCUGAGAUUUAGUGCAACUACCAUUAUAUAGCCUGAGCCAUUCUUAAUUUUUGCACAAUAAAAGCAGUUUAUAUUUGUUGGCCUUAGCAGUCUCAAUAAUACUUCAUCAAGGUAUAAAGAACACAAGAAGUACUUUCACAGUAAAGGAAUAAUAAUCAAAAUAUUUUUCCUUAAGAGUUCUAACUUUGGAGCUCCUGGUUGGCUCAGUUGGAAGAGCAUGUGACUCUUGAUCUUGGAGUCAUGAGUUUGAGCCCUGCAUUGGGGGUAGAGAUUACUUAAAUGAUAAGUAUAAGAGAAAAAGAGUUCUAACUUCCUAUCCUUUAUUGUAUGUGUAAUAUGAAAUAAUAAAUAUUUAUUUGGUUUUCAUCCCCAGUUCCUGGCAUGAGCUUUUCAAACUUUUGUAGUUUCCUGAGUAACAGGGGUGAUAGGAGCAUUUUUUUGGUUAUAAUAUUUGGUCUUAGUUUCUGCUUCCAGCCAUAAGAGCUUCUAGGACUAUUGGAAUCUCCGGAACUAAUGAGUGUCUUUUUGUAUGCUAAUUAGUGACUGUUGAUGGGCCCUUAGGAGGGCACCUGGGUGCCAGAGGAACCAACCUUGUGGUUAGAGGUUUAGAACUUUCAGCCUCUCCCUGCAUCUCCCACUCUACCCCUCUACCUCUAGGGUAGGUAGAGGGGCUGGAGGUUGAGUUACUAAUAA